CUCGCUCCAGAGAAUGGACAGCCUUGUGGAUGACCGUGUCAACAUCCUGGGAUUUUCCAUCUUCAACCAGUCGCAUGCUUUCUUCCAAGAGUUUGCCCAGAGCCUCAACCAGUCGUGGCAGGAGAACUGUGACCACGUGCCCUUCACGGGGCCUGCGCUGUCCUCGGCCCUGCUGUUUGAUGCUGUCUAUGCUGUGGUCACCGCAGUGCAGGAGCUCAACCGGAGCCAGGAGAUUGGUGUGAAGCCUUUGUCCUGCGGCUCGGCCCAGAUCUGGCAGCACGGCACCAGCCUCAUGAACUACCUGCGCAUGGUAGAAUUGGAAGGUCUCACCGGCCACAUUGAAUUCAACAGCAAAGGCCAGAGGUCCAACUAUGCCUUGAAAAUCUUACAGUUCACCAGGAAUGGUUUUCGGCAGAUCGGCCAGUGGCACGUGGCGGACGGGCUCAGCAUGGACAGCCGCCUCUACGCCUCCAACCUCUCCGACAGUCUCUUCAACACCACCCUGGUUGUCACCACCAUCCUGGAAAACCCGUAUUUAAUGCUGAAGGGGAACCACCAGGAGAUGGAAGGCAAUGACCGCUAUGAGGGCUUCUGUGUGGACAUGCUCAAGGAGCUGGCAGAGAUCCUCCGGUUCAACUACAAGAUCCGCCUGGUCGGGGACGGCGUGUACGGCGUUCCUGAGGCCAACGGCACUUGGACGGGAAUGGUCGGGGAGCUGAUCACGAGGAAAGCGGACCUGGCCGUGGCAGGCCUCACCAUUACUGCGGAGCGGGAGAAGGUGAUAGAUUUCUCCAAGCCAUUCAUGACUCUGGGAAUUAGCAUUCUUUACCGAGUUCAUAUGGGACGCAAACCUGGCUAUUUCUCCUUCCUGGACCCAUUUUCUCCCGGAGUCUGGCUCUUCAUGCUUCUAGCCUAUCUGGCCGUCAGCUGCGUCCUCUUCUUAGUGGCUCGGUUGACCCCCUACGAGUGGUACAGCCCCCACCCAUGCGCCCAGGGCCGGUGCAACCUCCUGGUGAACCAGUACUCCCUCGGCAACAGCCUCUGGUUUCCCGUUGGGGGCUUCAUGCAGCAGGGCUCCACCAUCGCCCCCCGAGCCUUAUCCACCCGCUGUGUCAGUGGCGUCUGGUGGGCAUUCACGCUGAUCAUCAUCUCAUCCUACACGGCCAACUUGGCAGCCUUCCUGACUGUGCAGCGCAUGGAUGUGCCCAUUGAGUCAGUGGAUGACCUGGCUGACCAGACCGCCAUUGAGUAUGGCACAAUUCACGGAGGCUCCAGCAUGACCUUCUUCCAAAAUUCCCGCUAUCAGACCUACCAACGCAUGUGGAAUUACAUGUAUUCUAAGCAGCCAAGUGUGUUUGUGAAGAGCACCGAGGAGGGAAUCGCCAGGGUGUUGAAUUCCAACUACGCCUUCCUUCUGGAAUCCACCAUGAAUGAGUACUACCGGCAGCGAAACUGCAACCUCACUCAGAUUGGGGGCCUGCUGGACACCAAGGGCUAUGGGAUUGGCAUGCCAGUCGGUUCGGUUUUCCGGGAUGAGUUUGACCUGGCCAUUCUCCAGCUGCAGGAGAACAACCGCCUAGAAAUUCUCAAGCGCAAAUGGUGGGAAGGUGGCAAGUGCCCCAAGGAGGAAGAUCACAGAGCCAAAGGACUGGGAAUGGAGAAUAUUGGUGGAAUCUUUGUGGUUCUUAUUUGUGGCUUAAUCGUGGCCAUUUUUAUGGCUAUGUUGGAGUUUUUAUGGACUCUCCGACACUCGGAAGCUACUGAGGUGUCCGUCUGCCAGGAGAUGGUGACCGAGCUGCGCAGCAUCAUCCUGUGUCAGGACAGUGUGCACCACCGCCGGCGGCGCGCCGGGGUGCCUCCGCCCCGGCCCCCCAUUCCCGAGGAGCGCCGGCCGCGGGGCACGGCGACGCUCAGCAACGGCAAACUGUGCGGGGCCGGGGAGCCCGACCAGCUGGCGCAGAGACUGGCCCAGGAGGCCGCCCUGGUGGCCCGCGGCUGCACACACAUCCGCGUCUGCCCGGAGUGCCGCAGGUUCCAGGGCCUGCGGGCGCGGCCGUCCCCCGCCCGCAGCGAGGAGAGCCUGGAGUGGGAGAAGACCACCAACAGCAGCGAGCCCGAGUAGCCCCGGGGGCGCCGGACCGGUGCAGGCCGGGUGGGGAGGCGGGAGGGCCGGGUGGGGAGGCGGGAGGGCCGGCCGGGGGUGCGGUGGGGGCGCUGCGCUCCGCGGGGAGCCGAGACUUGUGCAGCUUCUCGCUGGAGCCUGGAUCCCGGAACUUGACCGAAAGAGCGCAGAGCCUGCCGCCCCAGCC